UGUCGUUUGUCAGGCAUCAGUUCAAAAGUGACCGUAGUCCAAACCUAACGGUGGAUUAUUUUAAUUUCAUUCAAUUCGAUCUUCCUUACGUGGAAGCAAAAAAUUAUUGGUGUCAAUGUUAUUAGUAGAAUCAGAUUCUGCGUUGAAAUUCAUUCCGUCUGUAAGGCUGAUCAACAACCUUAGCCUUCGCAAAGGAAGCCGUACAGGAAACUCAGGCAACCCGCUGGAGUUCCAAGUGCUCACGCAAAUCCAGUACGUGCCCUGAAUAGACGGAAGUCCAGCAGUCCACCGUUUUCAACUGUGUAUACCAGAACCGCAAGCCAACAGACAAACGGAAGCAAAAUGGUGCAAGAGACAAAAACUCGCAACAUGGGCGGCCAACAGAACAACGGCAACAGUGCGCUGUUGCGCCAGCCAGAAAAAUCAUCGGCCAAUCUCGGUAGUAGCAUUCAAAAGAUGAAAAUGACCAAUAAUGGGUCCACAUUCGGCAGUGCAAAAUCUAACGACCCAGGCAAAUCGGCGACCAAUUCGGCCGUCUGGGGUCAGUUCAAAAAUCGCGAUCAAUUCGUCAGUAUGCAUUUCUCGUAGAUGCACAAUUGAUUCGUUUCGAUCCGGAAUGAGGAGAUUGUGAGAAGGAUCAUUUCUAAGAUUCGUAUACUAAACAAACGCAAAAUUAUACAAUCAAAAUUGAUUUCAGAAAGCAA